GCGAGUGGCAGAGGGAGGAGGAGGAAGAAGAAGCUGAGCAGAGGCGGAGGAGAUCGAGGUCGCAAGCAAGGUAGCGGCUGCUAGCUCGAUCGGCGCGGAGAUGAGCACGGGCGCGCGGCCGGGGCGGCGAUUCACGGUGGGGCGGAGCGAGGACGCGACGCACCCGGACACCAUCCGCGCCGCCAUCUCCGAGUUCAUCGCCACCGCCAUCUUCGUCUUCGCCGCCGAGGGCUCCGUCCUCUCGCUCGGGAAGAUGUACCACGACAUGAGCACGCCGGGCGGGCUGGUGGCCGUGGCGCUGGCGCACGCGCUGGGCCUGGCGGUGGCCGUGGCCGUGGCCGUCAACAUCUCCGGCGGGCACGUGAACCCGGCCGUCACCUUUGGCGCGCUCAUCGGCGGCCGCCUCUCCCUCAUCCGCGCCGUCUUCUACUGGGUCGCGCAGCUGCUGGGCGCCGUCGCCGCGACGCUGCUCCUGAGGCUGGCCACGGGCGGGAUGCGCCCGCCGGGGUUCGCGCUGGCGUCCGGGGUCGGGGACUGGCACGCCGUGCUCCUGGAGGCCGCCAUGACGUUCGGGCUCAUGUACGCCUACUACGCCACGGUGAUCGACCCGAAGCGCGGCCCCGUGGGCACCAUCGCGCCGCUGGCCGUGGGGUUCCUGCUGGGCGCCAACGUGCUGGCGGGCGGGCCGUUCGACGGCGCCGGGAUGAACCCGGCGCGGGUGUUCGGGCCGGCGCUCGUCGGGUGGCGGUGGAGGCACCACUGGGUGUACUGGCUGGGCCCCUUCCUCGGCGCCGGGGUCGCCGGGCUCGUGUACGAGUACCUCGUCAUCCCGUCCGCCGACGCCGCGCCGCACGCGCACGGUGUACACCAGCCGCUCGCGCCGGAGGACUACUAAGCCGCGCCGGCGCGCGGUGGCGCACGGUGACGGCGUGCGGUGGCGUCUCCUCGGGGUCUGGUCGGGUCUUGUGUUUGUUUGUGGGUUUUCAUUACGCAUGUGUCUGAACAGUAUGUG